AUGGGAGUGCUCAGAAAUACCUCAUCAAAUCGAUCACAAUCGACAAAUUCUCUAGAAGAUGAGAAUGAUGAUAAUUCUAUGGAUGCAUUUUUGACUGACUUAUCCCUUUCAACAUCAAUUUUAAUGAAAAACAUAACGGUAACUUUAUCAGCUGCUAAAACAUUAUCGGUUAAUACGAUUCCUACCAUGGCGACAGUACCUCAAACAACUAUCACUAAAGCAUCAUUACCUGAAACAGUACCGAUUACUGAUAUAGUUAAUCGAACAAUACCCAUACACAUCGACGUAAAACAUGAAGUAAAAUCUGUUAAUACAGUUCAUGCUACUGAAAUAAUACCUGAAACAAAACCUGUUAAUAUGAUUGUCGGUACUGAAACGGUAACUAAAGCGACGACAUCCAUUAAUAAUACAGUUUCUGGAAUGAAACCGAUUUUCAGUCAUUUGCUAAAUUCACAUUUAAAAUCUGCUACACUGGGUAAUCAAAAAUCAUUACCAAAUAUAAGUAAUUCUUUGUUAAAACCUGUUAUUUCUCUUGCUACAAGUACCAUGAAGAUGACAUCAUCAUCUCAAACUGUUAGUGCAAAUGAAGAUAAAAUUGCCGAAAGAAGUUUUCCACUACCAUAUUUGAAAAUUGAGCAACAAAAAAUUCCUCAACAAAAUGAUAAUAAUGAUAAAUUAAAAAUGGAACCAAACAAUAUCCGAUCAAAGGCAAGUAGUACCAGUCCAAUUAUUACUCACAGUCAAUCAGCACCAAAAACACCAUUAGAUCAAUGGAAAUGGGAAAUGAACCAACAACAACAGUUAAUUAAUCAGAAUUGGAUUGAUAGCAAUGAUAGUGAUAAUGAUAAUCAUAAUGAUCAUAAUAAUAUUUUUUCACUUUAA